GCUGCACUGAAAGAAAAAGACAGGAACGGAUUCAUAAUAUCGGAUUGUUUCCGACAAAAGGCGUCGUUGCACGCCAGGAAAAAAAUAAGCAGAACGGUACAAUUUUAAGGUAACGUUGUUCGAGGGCAGUUAAUGGACAAGACAGCGUAGGCGACGCGUACACUGGAAUAGGGAAAUGCUGUGAAGAGGACAGCAUGUUUUUGUUGCGGAGCCCCGCAUCGACGCUGUGAAAUAAGACUGCGCUUCACUCGUCUUUGCUUUUUGGAUAGUGUCGCGGUUCAAGCCCUGAGAACGGAUUGGCUUCAGAAAGGGAAUACAACGAUAAGACAAUCCAAAGAUGCCGAAAAAGUGGAGCGCAUUGACGCCGCGCCGAUGUCUCCCCGCAUUCGUGCUCGUCCUGGCGUUCCCCAGGUGUGUGCUGUCAAUAUCGGCCGACAAAUCCAUCGGCAGCAAGGACGACUAUUUCAGCGCCACGGUCAACGCCACGGUCCUGGAUUCCAAGGGCAACCCUAAGCAGAUUCUGACCAAAAAUGACGGGAGGUACGGACAGAAUUCACCGAAAACCGACGCCAAAGGAAUCGUGAUAGCUCCUGCGCCCAUUUUCGGAGUGGUGGACCGCAAGGGCUGCGACCCCCACACGCACUUCAUCGUUCCUCCCAAGACGGCCCACUGGGUGGCGCUGCUGCAGCGGGGUGUCUGCACCUUCAAGGAGAAGAUCCUGAAAGCCGCCGCCUUCAACGCCUCCGCCGUGCUCAUCUACAACAACUCCUCCAAGGAGAGCACAGGCACUGUCACCAUGGCGCACGAAGGUACAGGUGAUGUGGUGGCAGUGAUGAUCACAGAGUCAUAUGGGAAGGAGAUUCUCAGUCUGCUGGAGAAGAACCUGACCGUGCUGGUCAGCAUCAUGGUUGGACCGCGCGGUCCACCCAAGAACGACCGCGGCUCGCUGGUCUUCGUCUCCAUCUCCUUUAUCGUCCUGAUGAUAAUCUCAUCCGCCUGGCUCAUCUUUUACUUCAUCCAGAAGAUCCGCUACACCAAUGCACGCGACCGCAGUCAGCGACGACUCGGGGAUGCUGCAAAGAAAGCCAUCGGGAAGCUGACCACUCGGACAGUGAAGAAAGGAGACAAGGAGACGCACCCCGAUUUCAACCACUGUGCAGUGUGCAUUGAGGGGUACCAGCUCAACGACGUGGUGCGGAUUCUGCCCUGCAAACAUGUGUUCCAUAAGGUGUGCGUGGAUCCCUGGCUGAACGAGCACUGCACCUGCCCCAUGUGCAAACUCAACAUCCUCAAAGCUCUGGGCAUCAUGCCCAACCUGCCGUGUGUGGAUAACGUGGCCUUCGACAUGGACAGACUAUCCCGCAGCGCGACAGCCAGUCAGAGGACGGCGCUGGUCGACCUGUCCAAUGAGAACUCCAUCGGCCUGGAGCCACUGAGGCAUUCUGGGACAUCCCAGAUCCUGUCUGAAGGGGACCUGACCCCACGCACCGGAGAGAUCAACAUCGCUGUCACCAGCGGCCAUUUCUUCAGCCGCAGCUCUCUGUCCCCACGCAGUGUGGUGUGUGAGAUGGAGCUCCCGGACAUCCAGGCCUCUCUCGACCUGUACGACGAAAACAAGUCCUGAGGGCUCCUCCCUGUCCGUCCCAGGCCCCGCCCCUGUCUGUGUGAUGGGGGCGAAGCUAACGGCAACAACAGACAACAACGACAUGCUACAGCUGCAGAAUGUACGAUUACCCAUGAACAAACAGAGAGAAGCAUCCCACUCCUCACCCACACUCACCGUCUGCCCGCCAGGACACCACCUCCAGCUUUCUCUCUUACUUUGCUCAAAACUCUUCAAGAAUUUUCACAAUUCUGUUUCACAAAGGGAUUACGGAGAAAAUUACCUUCUCAAGUUUUAGAUUUCUUUUCUCUUUUUAUUUUUUAAUUCCAAAAAAGUGUCAUCCAUCUGGCCUGGAAUUGUAAAACAAUAAGUAGCUAACAAAUGCCCAUGUGUUCCAGUGUAUUUAGAGAAUCCAACAUCUGUCAAUGUUAGGUCAUCUUUUUUCUUUCUUCUUUUUUUGUUUUUUGCUCUCUUAAGACAGAAAGCUCUGUUUAUUGACAGCUGCAUUGACUGAAAUGAGAGAGACAGCUCUUACAGACACAGCCCACAGCCGUGCACUCACGCUGGCUGCCCCCUCUCCCUCAUCCCACCAUCCAGCCUGUUUUCUGGGAUGAACCUGCCUGAAAACUGGGACUGAGGCACGUUUGUACUGGGAGAGACUUCGCUGGUCCCGAGUACUUACAUAGCUGUGUUACAUAGCAGCAUUACUCUUGUGUAGCGGUUCAGUGUUUCUCUGCAUAAUACAUUUUAAUGUGUAUUUAAAAAAGCCUACGAAAUACCCAGAGCGUGUACUAAUCAGCCCUAAACGUAGGGCAUCAUAUAUAUAUAUAAUAUAUAUAUAUACAUAUAUAUCUCUCUCAAGUGGCCUCAAAGCACAGUUUGGUUGUUUGUUUCUCAUACUUGUACAAGCAAAUUGUGUGGAAGGAUGUGUUCUGUGUUAGAAUUUUUUUUGUGUGUCUCGGUGUCUUUGUACCUGAAUUUGAAUGAAGCUGUGAGAGUCUGACCUGUGACCUUUUCUUUGAUUGGUUGAGGAGGAGGUAUGCCACCCCGUUGCCUCCACCCCCUCCAUGGUACUCUGCGUACUGCCACAGCAUUAAACGUGUCAUCUCCCGCACCCCCUCAGCGGAGUUACUUACACCCCUGCAGGGGCUUUCAGUUCCUGAGAGCAAGUGUUUGAGGAAUUCAUCAGAGCCAGCCUGAAGCCUGGUCACAAGGGCUGCAAGCAAGAACAGAUCUGUACAGCCAGGGGUCACACCCAGCACAAAUGUCCGGUUGAGUCUAGACACUUGUGCUGGCUGUGGUAUGGUCCAUUCACCCCCUCCCACCCUGCGCACUGUGGUAGAUUCUAGUCACCCCCUUCUCCUGCAGGUUGUUGUAGAGUCCAUUCCCCCCUGUCAUCCUGCAGGCUUUGGUACUGUCCAUGCAGCCCCCUCUCAUCCUGCAGGUUGUGUCUGCCCCCCCCCCCCCUGCAGAUUAUGGUAGAG